UUCCAGGGUUUCAUUCUUCAUUUUCAGUGAAUUGAUUAUUAUUUUCCUCUAGGAUUUUCUUUUUCUUUACUUUUUUGUACCGUGCAAAUUGAUUUUUCUCAUAAAUCAAAUUAUUCUCCAAGAUAUCACGAGAAGAUUUCCACUUCCAUUUUCCCCCUUAAUUUCAUCGUCCAUUCAAGAUGUUUAUCAAUGGAAUCGGGUUGGUUACCUUUUGCACCAUGUUAUCUUUCAUUAUUUUUCAUCAACUUUUGAAACCUGCUCUUGGGUUUGUUAGUUACUGUUCUGAAGAGAUCGCAUGAUGAUGUAAAAGAAAGCAGACGAUGGCACACACAGAAGCGUUCCAUAGAUUCUUGUCCAUUUUUAUAAGAACUGUUGUAACCCAAUCUUCCCCGUUUCCCGCUUUGUAAAAGAUGUAAACAGGAACACAUUUUAUGUAUUAUGCACGUCGAUGCGCGUGCCAGAGCGUAUACUAAAGAAGAGCUACACAUUGUAAAGAGUCGAGCGUCUUCAUCUAAAAUUAAUUUUCACCACUUAAAAUUCACCUCGAUCAAUGAUCAUCUUGACUUCGCUAAGAGUGCUGGAGCCUUUGAAAGACGACUUAAUCACUCAAACUUUUUGAGCAGUUGGAGGUAAAUUUUCUCUGUUGGGGAAACAUAAUGACUUGAAAUAUUAUUUCAAAUAAGGAUGUGGCGACCUUGAUCGUAUCUAAUGUUUUAUCGGUGAAACACACGUGACAAACCAGUUCCUUGUAAUUCAGAAUUCAGCUCAAAAUAGUUUGAGAAUAACAAUAACGAAUUAUAUAUUGAUUGUAUCUUCAUUUUUGUCUGAACUUUUUCUAAUAAUAUUUUACAAAACUUUCCGAAUUUCCAUAUUAAAUCAAUGUUGGGCUGAGUAAAUCUAUUGUUUCAAGAAGUAUUUGUCAAAGAUAAUUUCCCUCAUUAUCUACCCAUUAGAGUUUCUACAGCGGGGCUUGAUAACCACAGGAAGCUCGGACGAACUAUCGGCGGGCACCGGAUGGCCUAUCUUAGCAGACGACACGCCAUUCAACAAUCCAAACGUCUUUAUGACAAAGAUGCCUCGGAUUCCAUUAGACAUUGCAUCGAUUUUUCCACAAAUCAUCUACUUUAAGUCAAGAGACUAUAUUUACUUUUUUGGAAUGAAAUAGAUAAAAUAUUGAUUAUUCUUCGCAGAAUCUAAGACGAUUUCUAUACCCUUUAUGACAUCGGUCUUGGCAUUCAUCAUGUGUUUUUGUGCUUUGCCGAGGUCAGAUGCUGAUGAAGAUGUUGAAGGCAUAUGUCUUUGUCUGUUUAGGCUUAGCUCGCUGUAUAGUGGAGACAAAAGUGAACACAUUAAAUAUGGGUAAUAAAAUUACGAAAAUCAGAAUUCCCAUGCAGUAAAUUGGAGUAGUGGUCAGUUAACAGGAAUUUCACAAACUGUGACGUGCUUUAGAACUCCGUUCCUAGCAAAAAUGAAAGCUGGAAAUGUUGGAACAAACUUGCGCGUAUUUGCACGCGAGUUUAACCCAUCCAAACUAUCACCAGUAGAUAGGCUGCGUUUUAUCUUGUAAACAGUAAAAACGUCAGACUCAAUGGCUAAUAAACCUACAAUAAGUAGCCAACUCCAGUUGGAUUUUAGAAAUGUUUCUUAAGUCGACAAGUGAAAGCUGUCCAUCUAAUUGUUUGUAUUACAAAUCCUCCCAAUUUUUAUCUAUAAAGGGAAAUUAGAAGAAGGCUAAAUGAAUAUGUCAUAGGACAACUCCGAUAUACCUGUACUAUGACGUCGCCAUGUAUUUUUAUGAGGAGGGGGUGUCACUCAGAUCACCUCGGUCGAUUCCAUCUAGAUGAAGAGUACCGAAAUCUGCCGAAGUUGGCCGAAUGGGGGGAGGGGUGCAUGUAUGCUACUCAGGUUUGUAAACUGUUGACGGGACCCAGUCAAGUUUAUCAGAACACGAGCUCGUAACUAUAGUUACCGUUAGCGAGUCAAAGGGUGGACUAAUGAAGCACAAUUUUACUUCUACAUCAAAGUCAUUUAAAAUAGAUUUAGCAGCACGUGGUAAGAUGGUGGUCAUAAACAUGGUAAAUAUAAAAACCAAGGACGGGGAUUCCGCAUUGGUCUGUCUAAGGCACUGUGUUAUCAUGUUGCUGUUGGACCAGAAUUUAGAUACUGUACAUGGAAAAUACCAUUUCAGAACGAAAAAUAAAUAAGUAGCGAAAAUGCAUAUAUAUACUGUGAAAAAAUAACAUGAGGGAUAUUUGAGUCCAUUGGGUGCAUUUUCACAAGCGGUCAGUCUAUGAAAAAAUGCUUAUGUCGUAAACAAGUAGACCCCCGUAUACGUAAGUGAAGCAUAGUAUGGCUAUUGAAUGUCGCAUUGUGUUACCCUGUAGCCGACAGAGGGUGUCUGGCGCGUUAUCAGAGGCUUAAUCAGUAGUACUCUGCAGACUCCGAGGUCUGGGAACCACCGAAACGAUAGUGGUGGGAACCAGUCAAAAGACCUUAACAGACAAUUAAGCUGACACUUUACACUCGUAACACGUCGUAAUGUAACAUCAGGAACGGGGGCCGCGCGGCGUUUAUUUUCACAUGACAAUUCCAUCAGAUAAUUUUAUGUCUAUAUUUGUUUUUUCGGUGAUAUUAGUUUAGAACAAAAUUAUAUUGCGAGGAGGAUCAAAUUCCUCACUAAUUUUUAGCACAAGGACGGAGUUAUUGUAGAACAAAUUCUGAUGACAAUAUGGCAGCGUCUUUGGUUACCUGUAUUAUAAUGGGAAUAACAUACGAAGCCCGCUUAUGAGUUACGUAAAUGAGAUUUUAAAUUGGAGUGCAUCAUCUGUAGACGUGUAUAUAUAUUGACUCAGAUAAACACUAUAUGAGAAUUGAUAUGCAACACUUGAAUUACCAUGAAACUAGAUAGGUCCAAUAUAUUGAUUUGAUUUUAUUUGAAAGGAAGUUUAGAUCAGACAUCUUUUUAUAUAUAUUUUGUAAUUUCAUAUCUUCCGUCUGCGAUGUCAGAUGAUAAUACAGGGGUCACAUGUGCCCUCCAUUGCAUGGGUUUGCCAAAGAUCGCCUUUGUUCAUCGUUGACUAUGAAUUCGAGAUACAACAAUCGGUACCGAUUCAUUUCGCAAGUCUUGCAUGUAUGAAUACUCUUGAAAAGGACUAUGCAGAAUCUACUAUGAACGAACUCUUGGGUCUCUAUGGAUUUGAAAAAUUCGACAGAGCAGAAACAGAAAAUCUCAACGUAGAUAGAUUCACCAGCCCCGGAGCAGACGAUCGCCUGUCGCCGUUAGAUGACGCUUCCCGUGAUGACGUCAGCGUAGACAGUUGCGAUAGUUCUUCUGGAAGAAGUGACCUUUCCAAGUAUACCAGAAGUCGAAGUGAUAGUGAGACCAAUCUUGCUGCGCAACACCGCAACCUAGUCACGGCUCUUACCAAGCAACACGGAUUAACGGGUGCCCCUGAGGGAACUAUUCCAUCUGGCUCCAUUGUCUGCGCCUGGUGUCAGAAGUUAGGCGUCAAACUGUUUACCCUGAAAACAAGCACCUCUACUAAGGCUUUCUGCAGCGAGCUUUGCUUUGAUCAGUGUCGAAGAGCAUCUUUCAAAAAGAACAAAAUUUGUGACUGGUGUAAACACGUACGUCACACCGUGAAUUACGUAGACUUCCAGGACGGUGAAACACAGCUACAAUUUUGUAGUUCUAAGUGUUUGAAUCAGUACAAGAUGAACAUAUUUUGUAAAGAGACACAGGAACAUUUACAACAGAUUUCUCCAACGGAAAGUAAAUCUGAUCACGAGGGAUCUUCUUCUGAUCAACAGAUUCUCAUAACCCCUGACCUCUGGCUCCGCAAUGCAAAGCACAACAACGCCAAAUCCAGAAGAAGGGAUUCAGAAGCGAUUGCAAAUGAGGAACACGCUGAGAAAUCCUCGCAACAUUUGUCACAGAAAUCUGAUUCAAAAUCUGAUCAAAGCAGACGACAAUCUUCGCCAUCUGCUUCCUCAAGUUCCGAUAAACUUCCUGUUAUGAACAGAAGUAUUUUGGAAAGAAUGCACAGUCGUGACAAAAGCAAGCGAGCUUCACUGAAAGAGAGUUAUCAUGAGAGAUCAGUCCCAAGUUCGAAGUCCCCGGAUGCUGUACAAUCUAGUCUUGGAAUGCCCAUCAUGCAUCCCCAUAUGUGGUCACCAGCAUUCGGAAUGGGCAUGCCACCUAUGGGAGCCGUACCUCCCUGGUUUUAUCCAGGAUUCAUGUCCCCUGGGUUCAUGCCUCCAAACAUGCCCUUGGAUGGUUUACCAGUGUUACCUCCAAGGACGGAAACACCCACUACGUCAAACGUCAAACGGUUUCCCGUUUCACCAACCUACGACAGCGAGUCUUCGAAAACCGCAAACGAGGAUCGAGGUCGCACGUCUUCUAGACAUACAUCAUCAGCGCGGAGUAAUACACCCCGGUCCGGUACGCCACGGAAUGCGUCAUUUUCAACCCCAACUCCUCCUAACGUGGCCAGCCUUCCGAGUUGUUUAGGGAUUUAUGGACAAAAUGGGAUGAGCUCCGCAACGUUAGGGGGUAUCCCGCCCCUUACGAUGAUUCUCCCCGUGCCCGUCCCACUGCCGAUGCCCAUACCUAUACCCCUGCCUCUGCCCAUCACAAUGGACAAAAUACUGGAAGUGUACAACAAGAAAAAAGACGAUACACGGUCGACAAUUCAAAUUAAAUCUGAACCUAAUCUCGAACCUGAGAGAAAAGACUACACGCGAUUCAAAGGGGAUGUGAACGAAAAUGAAACGUCUUCAAGAGACUUUCUGUCGUGUGCGUCUUGUAGUUCGGACAGAAGUGAAAGUGUGAAUUCAUGUGGGUCUACAAUGUCAGAAUUACGUUAUACCACUCAGUCCGAUCUCUUGAAACGUUCGUAUUCCCCCAAUACGGAGGGAACUUUAGAUCUCUCGAAACGAGCGCGUUUAGAUGACUCUUUUUCAGACCAGUCUUGCGAUGGUGCAAUAGAUUUGUCGAACACCGCUUACAGCAGAAAUAAGGUUUAUAAAGGAAAGGAAAAUAAAGACAAUGUUGAAGCAGACAGUUCACCGGGACAAGGAUCGGAGAGGCACAGCGUAAACGGAGAUUCCGGAUUAAAGAUACCCAAAAUUCACAUCAUCAGUCCCCGCCAGGAGCCGCCUCUGUCGCAACAAUUACCUCUCCCCCCUGUCGAUCCAAAGUACGCGAGUAGACGGGGACUUAUUCUGGAUGCUCCAUGCGUUGCUAAAAAACCGAGGAGUCCCUCCCCUGACCGUCGAUCUUAUUCCCGAUCGGUUCCGAAAGACGUCAUGGAGGCUGCCAGGCGGAGGUGUAUGAGAGCGAGAAUAAAAACCAAGUGACUGUGACUCGAUUCUAUGUUGGAUUAAAUGUGACACCAUUCUUAUUCAAUUAAUUCAAUGAAUGUGACACAAUUCCGAAUUAUUUGAUUAAGUGACUGUGACAAAAUUUUGAGAUAUUUGACCAUAUGACUAUGACACAGUUCUGAUAUAUUUCACUAUAAAUGAUUGUAAUGCAAUUCUGAGAUAUUUGACUAAAUUACUAUGACAAAGUUCUGAUAUAUUUGACUAAAUUACUAUAACAAAAUUCUGAGACACAAUUAUGAUAUAUUUGAUUAAAUGACCGAGACUCUGCUCUGACAGUUUAUAAUUUCAAUGCAAAUCAAACAAAAUGUGGAGGUUUUCUUACACCGAUGGUGUUUUAAUCAAUCCAGUUGUAAUUGUGUACUAUUCUAUGUAAGGUAUCUGUAUGUAAUUAUAGUGUCUUAGGACAUGAUACAUUCAAGGGCCAUUCCUAUGUAAAACUGGGAGUGAGCUGCUUAGAGUCCCUUUAUCAUUUACUAUGAUGUGCAAUUGUUGGUAAAAAUGUGCAAUAUAUCUUCUGAAAUGUUGAGAGCGUCUAAUGGUCGCCGCUUAUGUCGCUAAAUUAUUGUCAGGGCGUCUAAUGCCAUGGUCUUCGUUAGUAUCACCUUUUCUUGUUUAUGUUUGUGCAGGAUUGUUGAUAGUUUUGCCGCUUUCUGUAAGUAGCACAUCGUAGUAUUAUAUCAGUGUUUACUAAAGGAAAAAUCCAUUAUUUUUGAAAUAAAAUGUGAUAGUGCUAAA